ACAAGAGUCAAGUAAAUAUAAAACACACUCAUCGCGCUGACUACAUACAGACGAAUAUUUUUCAUAAAGACAUCCGCUGUCGGACAAGAGAAAGCUUCUGAUAAAAUCCAGUUGCUGGAGCAGAAAAAAUCAGAGGCCAUGGAGACUGAGGCAAGGAGAGAGAGGGAGCAACGCAAGAGUGAGAGGGAGAUGCUGGAGAAAGUUGUGCAGGUUCUUCAGGAACAGGGCCUCCUGAUGACCGGGGAGAGCCUGGAGGAUCUAAGAGGACUGAGGGAAGAGCUGAGGAGUGAAAGGCAGCGCAUGCAGCAGGAGAGGAACUGCAUGGAGCGGCUGAGGCUUGCAGAAAGACAGCAGUGGGAAGAGGAGAAGGCCUCCUGGCAGAGGGAGAUGAGAGAGUUCAGACAGCAGUGGGAAGAGGAGAAGGCCUCCUGGCAGAGGGAGUGCAUGCGAGUGCUGGAGAGCAUGGAGCAUGAGAGGAGGGCAUACAGGAGGGAGUUGGCACAGCAACAACGAAACCUGGAAGUGUGGAGGCAGUGGGAGGAGUGCCAAUUAAGAGAACAGGUAGAGCGGUUUCAGCAGUCUGAAAUGUGGAGGAGAGAGCGUGAGGAGGAACAGUGCAGAGCAGAGAUGUACGAAUUGCAUCAGCGGUGGGAAGAGCAGCACCACAGAAUACAGGCCUCGAUGUCUGAGCUGCAUGAAGACUGGAGGAACUUUGAGGAGCUGAACCACAGAGAACGGGAGUACGUGUUAGAGCUCUUUGAAGGGCUGAGGAGAGAAUGGGUCACCUGGGCAGAACAGAGAAUGCAGGAGAGAAACAUUCUGGAGGAGGAACGAGAAACCAGGGAACAUGACCUGAGGAAAGAGAGGGAGCAGUGGAGGAAGCAGAGGGAAUUCAUGGAGUUUGCAUAUGAGCGCAUGGAACUCCAACAUGAGAUGGAAAUAGAAAGGUUGGAAGUGGAGAUAAGGGAACUGAGAUCACUUAUCUUACACAUAACUGAGGUGAAAACUGAGAGAGAGAGCACUGAGGAGACGUACGAGCCGGUCACCCAGGCCACGGGAGAGACAACUGCGGUUCUGAUAGAGGAGGGGAUCAGUGAGAGAGAAAUGGAGAACGAGCGGAACCUCGUCACAGUGGGGAUAGAAAGCAGUGAGAGGGAGAGCAAGAAAGAGGAGAAAGAAAGCCAGAAACACAAGAAGAAAAAGAGUUUUUGGUCACUGUUUCACUGUAGAAAGCGAGUCACCACAAAAAAAGAGUGCAAAGAGGAGACAGUUGGACAAAGUGCUCUGAACUUGAGGAAAGUGGGAAAAUUGACAAGUCACAUACUAGCUGGGGAGAGCAGCAGGGAGACUGAGAAGAAGACAGAGGGAGAGGCCAAUGUCAGUAAGACUGAAACAGAGCAAGAACAAAAACAGAACAAGAAGACAAAAGGUUUCUGGUCUGCCUGGCGUGGGAAAAAAUAAGAUGGAAGAUAUAAGAAAAGGGCCCAGAUGGUGCUGCAGCAGAAUCACCUCUGGCUGGAGGCUACAGCAGGCCAGGCUUGGACUGAAACAACACAGGGUGACGGAUUCCAGGACCGACCUGUACAGGCCCCUCAGAGUCACGUGGUGGUGAGGCAGUCACAGUGAGCAAACUUGGAAGGUUGGUAAAAGGUCAGCUGGGAUGGAGAACAAGGUAAAGAAACAGGCAAAGUAUUGAAAUGACCAAACUGGAAGAACUAUGGUGGCUCUCUCAUUUAUGUAAGGAAUGAACAUCAUGCGAUUUCUGCACCAAAGCAAGCAUCAUAGCAGCAACAUCUAAAAGAUUAGAGAUUUUGAUGAGAGUGAAUGCUUGCAAUAAGCUGUUUUGCGAAAGUGAGUCAAACAGCACAAGUGAGCAGCUAUCCCAAAGAAUUAUUGUGGGAAAUUUAAUUCAUGUUUUUUACAGGUUGUGUUGUGGGUACACUGAUGGCUAUAUGUAUAUUAGCUGUAGUGACAGAGCAUGGCAGCUUUAGGGGGCCCCAGUUAUUUUAGGAAAUCGCUGUGACUGGACGCUGCACAUCUGUUUUCACGUGUUGCACUUUGUUAUAGAAACCUUGCUUAUUGACCACAGCAAAUGUGCAGCGAGGCUGAUAGGCUUAUAUCACAAGUACAAUUGAAAAAGGUGAAAAAGAAGAACCCUGCCAAGAACACCUUUGGUGGUGGGUGAGGUGAGUUCCCCUUCAUCAUUGUAAAGCACUUUGAGCAUUCGGAAGUGUGCUAUAUAAAUGCAAUGAAUGAAUUAAUGGUAAAUAGUAAAUUGACUGCAUUUAUAUAGCACUUUUAUCCAAAGCGCUUUACAAUUGAUGCCUCUCAUUCACCCAUUGACUCACACACUCACACGCCAAUGAUGAAAGGCUGCCAUGCAAGGUACCAAUCAGCUCAUUGGGAGCAAUUAGGGGUUAGGUGUCUUGCUCAGGGACACAUUGACACACCCAGGGCGGGGGAUCGAACCGGCAACCCUCCGACAGCCAGACAACCCUCGGACUUGCCUCCUGAGCUAUGUCGCCCCUGAAAAAGAAGUCCAUGGACCAAAACACGACUGGUGAUAGUCUUGUUACAGUGGUUCAUGGUUUAAUUUGACUCAUUUGCCUCUGCAGCUGAGGUUCUGCCAGCCAGAGGGAAAUAUGUGCAGGGUUCCGACAUCUUUUGACUGUCAGGCUCAUGAUGCUGAUAGCAUCUGCUAAUCUGCUACUGGUGUGCAAGAAAAAAAUGAUAGAAUUCAACAUGAUGGACUGCCUCUUUGAUGUCAUACUUCAAGAGGUAAGAUGUGGAUGCUGAGUUAUUGCUGACUGAUAUUGGUUACAUGACAAACAAUAACAGUGAUGUGUAAAGGGGACUAGUGACUUGUGUUUUCUGUUUUAAAGGUCAUCAUCAGGAUCUUGGAAAAAAAUGAGGGCUUCAGCUGCUAUUGGGCAGAAUUUGCCAUGGCCAGUGGAUUUCACCAUUAAAACCUGAAUAAAUUUGAUUGUCUUGAUUGUAUUUAUUUUGGGUGUUUCAUUAAAGAAAAAUCUAUUGGAAUAAGUG